UGCAAAACUAAAAACGGGAGUCCUCUUGGUGAAGUGAAGAAGACGAAGGAGUGAGUGGAAGACGAUGAAUUCGACGGUGUUCAAGGGAGCUAACGUCUUCAUGUCGCGGAAUCUGGUUCCGCCGGAGGACUUCGAUGCGCUUCACGAUACACUCAAGCGCAACGGAGCUCAGGUCUUCCUCUGCUGCGAUCCGUCCCGAAACGGCCCCUAUGACUUCCAUGUCAUCUCCUCAAUGGAUCAUGAGAAAUUCGAGGAUCUCCUGUCAAAAGGCUGUAAUUUGAUAGGUCCUCGUUGUAUUCGUUUCUGUGCGAAUGAAUGCAGGAAACUCCCCAGUAAAGGAUUUACAUGUUGUUUUGCAAUGGAAGGUGUCAAAGUACUGGCAUCUGGUUUUGCUGUGGAUGAAAAGUUAAAAAUCAGAAAGCUAGUGAAAGCAAUGGGAGGCGUUUUUCAAGAAAAAGCAUCAAUGGAUGUUAACAUUGUUAUUGUGAAGAAUGUUUUGGCUGCAAAAUACUGGUGGGCAGUAAACAUAUGGAAGAAAUCGAUUGUUAGUAUUACUUGGCUACACCAAUGUUGGAAGGAGCAUCACUUUCUUGCUCCAGAGUCAUUCAGGGUCCAACCUUUUUCUGGGCUAACCAUUAGUGUUACCAGGAUCCCUGCAGCAUGCCUUAAUGAGGAGUCCUAUCACAUUCAGGGUAGUUCUGCAUCAACUAGGAAUGCUGCAAGAAUGAAAAACCAACACAGCUUAGAGAGUGGUAUUCAAAGCGUGCAAAGUUUUUCCUCCACUGCAACAGUAUCAAAUUCUGAAGCUGUUUCAUUUGGACAUGCUGUGGAUUCAGACAUGGGGGGCACCUUUUUUCAGAACGCACCUUCAUUUUCAGAGGAACCCUUGUUUUCCAAAGAGGAAAGAAAUGAUCAUCCCAUCGAGAACCAAAAUUAUGAUGCUUUUACUGGUGAAUUUGUUGCUGGUGACUCUCAAACAGAUGAUAAUGAUUUAUACCUUUCAGAUUGUAGACUUCUAAUUGUUGGUUUUAGUGCAUCUGAAAUGCGAAAACUUGUGAAUAUGGUUCGUAAAGGUGGCGGUUCCCGUUAUAUGUAUUUCAGUGAGAAGUUGACACACAUAAUAGUUGGAUCUCCAUCGGAGAUUGAAAUCAAAGAAAUAAGAAACCUCUCAGCUUUGGGUGUAAUUCAUGUGGUGAAACCAGAUUGGCUUGCAGACUGUACAAGUCAAAAGAAAGAAGUUCCUGUGCUUCAGAAGCAUAUUGCUAGUGAUUUAUUUCUUCCCAGAGAACACAUUAAAUCCAAUAAAGGUGUUUUCGUGAGCAAUGCUAUUGCAAAGCAAGGAAAUUCAAGUGAAGGUGUUCAGUGCCACAAGGAUUUCGAAUCUGGAAACUCACUGAAGAAGAGUAAAGAAGUAGAAAACAUAAAUGACAAAGGAUCUUCACAGAUAGAAAUCGAACCUCAGUUCUGUACACUGAAUGGUAAAGAUAAGGCUAAGUCGCACACAAGUCUCAGUGGAGCAGACCGAGCAGUUGAUGAUAAAAAAACAUCGACUGUUUUUAAGGGAAAACGGUUUUGCUUUUCGAGCUGCUUCCCUGCUGAUCAGAGAGGUGACAUUAUACUGUGGGUAAAUCAAGGGGGAGGGGAGUUGGUGGAGGCUCAGAUUGAAACAGAUGUGCAUUUUGUUAUUGAACGCCAUGGUGUGAUGCGUUCCCAGACUGAUGCUGGUAUGACAUAUGUUUCAAGUCACUGGAUCAAGUCUUGUUUAGAGGAUGGGCGCUUGCUAGAUGUUGGCAGUCACAUUUGCUAUUCUCCACUUCCUUGUCAAGUACCUUUCCCUGCAUUUAAGAGCUUUCGUUUGGGUGUUUCACAGUACGAUGAAAAAGAAAAGAAGCUGCUAAGAAAUUUAUGCUUUAUUCUUGGAGCUAAGUUUGCUGAGAAAUUUUCUAGAAGGGCAACACAUUUAUUGUGUAAAUUCACUUGUGGCCAAAAGUAUGAGUUUGCUUGUAGGUUUGGUAUCCAACCUGUAACAUGUGAGUGGAUUUAUGAGUGUAUAAAACAGAACAAAGUUGUUGCUCCAGGUCCAUUUUAUCCAAAAGCAGUAACUUCUGAAAAUCAAGAAGCUGCAAUUUGUACAGCAAGCCAGUUUCCUACACAAGCUGCACAGAUGCUAUCAGAGGAUGUCUCCCAGCUUCAGAAUGAGUCCAAAGAACUUGAGACUAUGCACGAUGAAGCUUUUACCGCCAGAAGUGCUGUAAGAAAGGUACAUCCACCGUCGCGGCCACCGCCGCAGCCGCUAUUAUCCGCUCCUCUUGCUCUUAAUAUUUGCACCAGAGCUCCGGCUUUUGAAUUUGGCUCGCGGCGGAGAUGGAACAGCAGAGGCAUCUCGGUAUCGACCCGCGCCGGGACCAGCAGCUACAUCUUCGCUUUCGUUGUCCCCCUGUCUAUGCUUGCUUUCACCAUCCUCGCUUCCAUCCGCGUUGCAGAUGAGCUCGACCAGCAAUUCUUCGAAGAGUCUGUCGUCCUCCCUUUACUAGAGAUCGUCACCGUCGUCCUCUCUUCACUGGAGAUCGUCACUGUCGUCCUCCCUUCACAUGAUAUCGUCACUGCCGUCCUCCCUUCAGAGGAGAUCAUCUCUGCUGUCCUUCAUUGAUGCAGUCCUUGGAAAAUAGCUUUUGCAACAACUAGAUCUUUAUUCCCUCAGAAUAGAUCUGAUUCAUACAUGACGAAAAGAGAGAAAUGAAAAACAAAGUGCACACAAUCAAUCUCUUCAUCAAUU